AUGGAUAGAGCGGCUGCCCUACGAGCCGCCGGCAUGCUGGAGAGGAAGGAGCGGAGCGGUGGCGAGGCGGCGGGGCCGCGGGGCUUGCCGGCCGUGCGGAACACGCUGCAGCAGUGCGGGCUGCUGCAGGACCUCAUCGACAUCUCUCUCUCCAACCUGCGCGGGCUCCGCACCAAGUGCGCCGCAUCCAACGACCUCACGCAGCAGGAGAUCCGUACGCUGGAGGUGAAGCUCAUUGACUACAUCCACCGGCAGAGGCAGUGCAAGCUGAGCGUGCCCCUGAGCGACCGCACGGCCGAGCUCAACAGCUACCCCCGCUUCAACGACUGGCUGGACAUCGUCAACGUCAGGAAGGAGGUGGUGCAGAGAAUACCAGAGGAGCUGACCCUGGAUGCCUUACUAGAAAUGAAUGAGUCAAAGGUGAAAGAAACAAUGAAGAGAUGUGGAGCCAGAGAUGAGGAGUGCUCCAGGCUCAACGGGGCCCUGAGCUGCCUGCGGAAGGUGACGGAGUCAGGAGGGGAGCCGAGGGACGAUGUGCCGACGGCCCCGCCCGAGCGCCGGGACAGCUCCUGCUCGCAGCCGGAGCCCGCCUGGUCCCCGUGUGCCCCGGCCAAGGGCAGCCACCAGCACCAGCAGCGCUCCGCGCCCACAGCCCUGCCCUGCGAGCCGCCGGCCCCGAGCCACGGGCCCUGUCCCCCGGCUGAGACCCUGCUGGAGCCCUUCGUGCUGCCCCCGGCCGGGGGCAGGCCCAGGACUCCGCACAGCAUCACCGUCACCCCCCCGGCCACGCCGCAGCCCAAGCGCCGGCACCGCCUGAAGCCGCCGCGGACGCCGCCGCCCCCCUGCCGCAAGGUGUUCCAGCUGCUGCCCAACUUCCCCACCCUCACCAGGAGCAAGUCCCACGAGUCUCAGCUGGGCAACAGGAUAGACGAAGUUCCUCCAAUAAAGUUCGAGCUCUCCCAGGGAUCCCCCCAGACGGUACGAAGAGACUUUGGCCUGGCUGUGACCCACAGGUUCUCUACAAAGUCCUGGUUAUCUCAGAUUUGCCAAGUGUGCCAGAAGAGCAUGAUGUUCGGGGUGAAGUGUAAGUACUGCAGAUUAAAAUGUCACAACAAAUGUACUAAAGAGGCACCUGCUUGUAGAAUAUCCUUCCUUCCCAUAACAAAAAUAAGAAGAACAGAGUCUGUCCCAUCUGAUAUCAAUAAUCCAGUAGACAGACCCACAGAACCCCAGUUUGGAACUCUCCCCAAAGCACUAACUAAAAAGGAGCAUCCACCAGCAAUAAACCACCUGGACUCCAGCAGUAAUCCUUCUUCUACAACCUCAUCCACUCCAUCUUCUCCAGCACCUUUCCAGUCUUCCAACCCUCCCAGUGCCACGCCGCCCCCAAACCCAUCCCCCAUGGGCCAGAGGGAUGGGAGGUUCAACUUCCCAGCUGCCUACUACCUUCAGCAUAGACAACAGUUUAUCUUCCCAGAAAUUCCCAGUCCUGCACAAACAGCACAGCUUCCAGAAACUGCUGCAGACACUAAGUCUCUGGGGCAGCCUGGGCUGCUCUGCCCCCAUGAGGGACUCCGAACACUUCCCUUCCCUUGUUGUGCACAGGUGGAGGAACCAGAGGCGAGUAAGUCAGAGCCCGAGGAUGAUGAGGAUGAGGUGGAAGAUUUGCCCAACCGGCGGCCGCACCUGCAGGGGAUGAUCUACCGCAAACCCAGCCAGACCAGCGUGUACCUGCAGGAGUGGGACAUCCCCUUUGAGCAGAUCCAGCUGGGGGACCCCAUCGGCCAGGGCCGCUGGGGCAAGGUCUACAAGGGCAAAUGGCACGGGGAGGUGGCCAUCAGGCUGCUGGAGAUCGAUGGCAACAACCAGGAUCAUCUCAAGCUCUUCAAGAAGGAGGUGAUGAACUACAGGCAGACCCGGCAUGAGAACGUGGUGCUGUUCAUGGGGGCCUGCAUGAACCCCCCUCACUUAGCAAUCAUUACCAGCUUCUGCAAAGGAAGGACGCUGCACUCCUUUGUGAGGGACCCCAAGAUCUCCCUGGACAUCAACAAAACCAGGCAGAUAGCACAGGAGAUCAUUAAGGGCAUGGGGUAUCUCCACGCAAAGGGCAUUGUACAUAAGGAUCUGAAAUCCAAAAAUGUCUUCUAUGACAAUGGGAAAGUUGUGAUCACCGACUUUGGAUUAUUUGGAAUUUCGGGUGUGGUUCAGGAAGGAAGGAGGGAGAAUGAACUGAAGCUGCCUCAUGACUGGUUGUGCUACCUGGCCCCUGAGAUUGUCCGUGAGAUGGCCCCAGGGAAGGAUGAAGACAAGCUGCCUUUCUCCAAAGCUGCAGAUAUCUAUGCCUUUGGGACCGUGUGGUACGAGCUGCAGGCACGGGAAUGGCCGUUCAAGAGCCAGCCUGCAGAGGCUCUCAUCUGGCAGGUCGGCAGCGGCGAGGGAGUGAGACAGGUCCUUGCCACUGUCAGCCUGGGCAAAGAAGUCAAUGAAAUCCUCUCAGCCUGCUGGGCCUUCGACCUGAGCGAGAGGCCCAGCUUCACUGUCCUCAUGGAAAUGCUUGAAAAGCUGCCAAAACUCAACCGCCGGCUCUCCCACCCAGGGCACUUCUGGAAGUCUGCUGACAUUAACAGUAGCAAAGUUGUCCUGCGUUUUGAAAGAUUUGGCUUGGGGAUCCUGGAACCGAGUAACCCAAAGCUCUAGCCCGGUGUCAUUGUGACCAUGCUGGCUGCCUGCUCCCACACAGCACCAGAAACCCUCCCUGGUUCCUCCACACCGAGGCUGGUGCAGCCCCACUGAAGACCAUCAGCUCGGCCCUGUGUCCUGCCUGAGCACCAGCAGUUACUUAAACAAUGUUUACAUGAUACUUUUGUGUGAACUAUAUUUUUUUAAGCAUAAUAAACAGUGAAUCGGGUUGAACUACAGCCAUUCUCAAAUAGCACUGAAAAAGAGAAGAGCUGUUCCUGGUUCCUCCUUGUGUCCAUGGUCAGUAGGAGCCACUCUCUGCCUGCAGAGCAGGGUCCCCCUGGCAGUGCCCCACUGUGACGUGGCUCAUGUGAGAGGUCAGGUCUCUCCUGAACAUAGAGCCCAGCCUGCUGCACUGGGACUGGCCCAAACCACUCGUUGUUUCAGCAGGGCUGGUCCAGCUCUGGGUCACCCUGAAUUUUGCUACACCAGAACAGAGCUGCUGCAGGUAGAGUGUCUGGCCAUGGGGGCUGGCUCUCAGUUAAUGACUCAAGUGCUCUUCUCCACAGAACUCACACUAAAACCUGCUUAUUCUCAUACAAUCCCAGAGGAAUUAAGAAUUGCUGGCCUUAAAAAAAACAAAAAAAAAAACAAAAAAAACCCCAAAAACCUCAUGACUUGUCACAGCUCUGCACAGGGACCAAAUUCUUCUCUUGAAGUUCAGGCACAGGUUCGAGUGCAGGGAAAGGCAAGAGAGACGGGACAAGGGAAAAGCUGUCCCUAAAUAAUGCAUUAACUAAAGCCUUGGUGCAGAGAGGUUCAGAGGCCCUGCACACACACACAGCAUUGCCACUACCUACAGUUGGCCACAUUUGUCCUUGCAAGUUCUUUGUUUGAAAAACAUAGGACUGAAGCAGUUGCUUUGAGGGGAAAAAGCCUGUAAGAAGGACAGACAAAUCCUGUAAUCAAGAAAGCAGUAUUUGGGACUGGAGGUUCUGCCUGGCCCAAACAACUCAAACUUGUUUCAGAGGUUAGUUUUAAAACAAAAUCCAGCUCCCCCUUCCAGUGCAGUAUGGAGGUCAUGGAGGUGACAGCCAGUGACCACACUGAGGUGACAGAUGCAUCAUCCCCCUUGGAAAUCAAUCAAUUGUAGGCCCUGUUACCAGAAGCUCCCCUUUCCCCACCAUCAUCCCCGAGGCUGGGGGGAUCCUCUGUGACCAGGCAGAGCACCAGGCCUCAGUUUGGCUGCCUUGUGUGAGGAGCUGAAUGGCACAAAACCUGAGUUCUGUCGAGCAGAGAGCCUCAGUCCUGAGUGCAAGUCAGUUGUAGCCUCUUACAAGUGUAAUAGUUUUUAAAUAUGUCUCAGAUCUAGAAGAGAAAUGUGCGUGGCAUGGCCAGGCACUGCAGUGCUGUCCUGAUCCCUGUCCCCCUCAGGCUCUGCAGGGCUCUGUGUUCUCACUAACAGGGUGUCAGCCUGAAGAACUUGUUUUUGUCCAAGUGCUGUUUAAUGAAGAGCAGCACAACACAAACCCAAAGCAGGGAAAAGGUGCUGCCCCUUGGCCUUAGGGAGGGCAGGGCAGGAGCUGCUGCUGGAUGCAGACGGGCCCAUGCUCAGUCUGUGUCGAGGGCAGCAGCAGCCUCGGGGUGCUCCUCACUCAGUUUUUGGGUGCACAAAGCAGGCCCUGAGAGCUGGGACAGCCGGAAGGUUCUGUGUGGGAUCAGUGGCCCAGCUGUGCAGGGACCCUGGUUCCCUGCCAGCACAGACUGAGCCUCAGGCCCUGGCUGUGGAGCCCUUUGUGUCCUGCCGUGCCCAGGUCAUGCCAGGGUGGGAACAGGCUCCAGUCCUGGCACAGGGGCUGCUCACAGCCUGCCCUUGACGGGGACACUGGGACUGGACUCCAGCCUGAGCCGGUGGUGUGUGGGACACCCAGAAAUUGGCCUGGAUCACAGAGCUCAUCCUCUGCCUCAGAGCAGCAGCGUCCGCGGGGUUGUUUUUGUUUUGGUCAGGCCGGGGAGCUCCGGGGCAGCACGGAGCUGCCCCAGCCCCGCACACCAAGCCCCAGUCCCUGGGUUGUGUUUGUGUCAGUCCCGCCCGCCCCCGGUGGAGCUGUCAAUGUGACAAUGCCGUGCAAUGCUGCUACAGGAGCCACACGUCAGUAGUGAAUGUAAAUGGUUGUGACAUGGUGAACAUGGACACGUUUUCUGUUCAAAUGUGAUGUAAACUUUGUACAGUACAAAUUUUUUUUUUAUAUUUUCUAUGAACUGAGUGUCUUCCAGAAUUGCUAUUAAAUUAAUUACAAAUUGUUAGAAUUAACAGCAGUUUCUGUAUUAGUUUAUGCAACCAGAAAAAAAAAAAAGUGCACUCUAUGCUACUGGAAUUCUGGAUAUGUAGGAAUCUUUUCAGUGAAUAAAUCUUUGG